AUGGGGAAAGCGGGGGAAAAUCAGGAGAAGUCGGUCGGCGAGGGUACAUCAACGGGGAGAAAGGGGAAGGAGAAGACGGUCGGCGAGGGUACGUCGACAGGGAGAAAGGGGAGGGAGAAGGCGGCGGAGAAGAGGAAGGAGAAGGAGGAAGAGGAGGACGAUGACGACGACGAGGAGGAGGAGGAUGAGGAGGAGCAGCAGGAGGAGGAAGAGGGGAAGGACAAGGCGAAGGAGAAAGAGAGGAGGGGUCAUGGCAUCUGUCACGACAGCUCGGGCGACGGGCAAGGGUGGGUCGGCGAGAUUAAGGUGCACGGCAUUAAUCGGUACAUCAGCAAGUCGCGCGAGAAGAUGGAGCUCGCGUAUGUGCACUCCAUCGCGUUCGUCGUCUACGACGGUUUCGUGAGCAAGGUGCUCAUGGACGAGCUCACCGGCUUGGACACUGCCGAGCUGGAGAGGUGGAGGAAGGUGUGGGAGGAGGUCAAGAUCUUGCCGACAGGGAUGUGGACGGUGAUGUGGGCCCGGGGUGUGCUCCUUCCAAAGACACGGCUCAAUGAUAUCCUCGACACGUAUCACGAGUGCAAGAGCUCAGGCGAUGCGCUCCACGAUGCGCUCUGGCCGGCGAUGUGGUUCCCCGUCGAGGGGGUGCCAGAGGAGAAGUCGGCGGAGAUGAUGUCGGCCAUGAUAGGUCGCUGCUUCGUCGAGAACGACGACGCCAAGGUGGCCGAUGCUGUGGAAGAAGGGAAGGCGGUGGUGCUUAUAGCCGGUGCGAGCAACGAGACCGCCAAAGUAUUCGAAACUGUCAUGGCGGCGGUGCUGAACGCCAAGAUCACCCGGGACCGCCCCCUGGGGGAGGUCGCCUUCAACGUCGCGCCAGCGCUGCAGAGUCUCGCCCUGCAGAGGGUCUAUCCGGGGGGCGAUGCGGGAGUCGAUGCUGAGGUGGUCGCUAGAGCGACGGUGGAGACCAUGGCUUUCUGGGGAAUGUGCCCCGUCGUCGGCCCGAAGCUCAAAAAGAGGAGUAUCGCGGUGCAGAUGAAGGCCGAUCUUGACCACAGGGGGAGGAAGGGUCAGAGGGGGAAGCAGGGGACGAAGGGGAAGGGCAAGGACGGCACGGGGAAGAAGGGGAGGAAGGGCAAGGACAGCACGGCAGUGUAG